AUGAACUUUUUAAUAUUCCUCUUAUUUCUAUGGGUAAUAUUUCUUGGUUUGCUAAUUUCAACCAGUGCAGAAUCAAAUAAUGAUCCUCCCCAUCAUCAUCAUGGACAUCAAAAUAACAACAAUUUUCCCAUAACAUCUUUAUUAUCUAAAGGAGAAUUUAGAGAAGCAUAA